UAAGAGCACCACCACCAUCACUACCACCACUGGCAAACAGAAAGCAAUAUAUCUGUUCACACUUCUCCAAGGAACUAUAGUAUAACUAACUUGUGGGAUGCGAGUGAACGGCCCAAGAGCUAUAAGCCAAAUGUGAGCAAUCUCUCUCAUGACGCGAAACGAAGGGUCUAACAGCUACAUUUUAAUCCACUUGGCAGCUAUCUCUCUUUGCAUGAGAUUUUGACGAUAAUCAAGCAAGUUGUUGGUGUUAGUGGUUAGGUGGCCCACACGUAGCGGGCCACGUAGCCACAACAGCCUGGUUGAUCCAGCACCUGACAGAUAUUCUCGACCAAGUUGUGAACUGUGACUCCGAAUCUUGAAGAACAGAAGAACAGAAAUUAACGGAACAACAAAAGCAGAAGAACGGGGAAGUUGAACAGGAUAAAACGGAGAUUAACAGAGAAAAACAGAGGGAGAAAGAUUAAUAAAAGAGAGAGAAAUAAAGCCAUGGACGAAGAGGAAGAGGAUCGUCUUGACUGCCCCGUCUGCAUGGAAGAAUACGACGAGGGUAACCACACACCCAAGAUGACACCUUGCCUUCACACCUUCUGUGUUAUUUGCGUGCUUGACCUCCUGUCCUCCCAGGAAGACGGUCAAGAGGGCCACAGAGGCCAGCGUCAACGAGCCAAGAAGCUACAAGUACCAAAGGGAAAGCUGAUGAUGUGUCCUCUCUGUCGGGAGAUUGUCAAUACCGACAGGAUUCAAACUAACAGGUACAUGUUGGCUCACCUGAAGGACCUGGCGCGGCUGAAGGCGCUGCAGCAGAGCCAGGCGUCCAUGCUACAGCACAAGAAGCUACAGCACAAAAAGCAGCACAAAAAAUACAAGGCACCUCCUCCACCUCCUCUUCCUCCUCCGCCUCCUCUACCUCCUUCUCCUCUUCCUCCACAACCUCCUCUUCCUCAGUUUCACACUCGUCGUCCUCUUCAGCGCAAUCGUUUGGUUUUCAAAGUACGAGUGCGACAGAGGCGCUCUCCUCUUCCUCCUUCUUCUCUUGCUUCUCCUCCUCCUUCUUCUUCUCUCCCCCCUCCUCCUUCUUCUCUUCCCCCUCCUCCUCCUUCUUCUCUUCCUCCUCCUCCCUCUUCUCUUCCUCCUCCUCCUCCCUCUUCUCUUCCUCCUCCUCCUCUUUCCACUCCUACACAGCCGCCAGACGUUCAAAAUCGAAUAUACCCAAGUCUACAGACUUCCGAAGUAGGACCUUCUGGUUAUCCUCCUGAUCCUUGCUACUUCCUUCCUCAUCCUUCUCCUCCCCACACGAGUCAUUCGCCCGUAGGAACUCAGGAAGGAUCAGCUUGUUACCAGCAGGACACAGUGGUGCUCCUCUCUCCUUCAGCGCCUCCUUCAGAGGACACCAUGGAGGAUAUGUGGUGUAGGACAUGCGAGGAACCUGCCAGACACACCUGUGCCCUACACCACCUCACUCCCCUCCUUAAGAGUACUUCACCAGUACCACAACAGUACCGCACCUGUGCCUCACCAGAACGACACCAGUACCAUACCAGUACCGCACCUUUGCCUCACCAGUACCAAACCAGCACCACACCAGUUCCGCACCUGUGCCCCACCAGUACCUCGCCAGUACCAAACCAGUACCGCACCUGUGCCUCACCAGAACGACACCAGUAUCAUACCAGUACCGCACCUGUGCUUCACCAGAACGACACCAGUAUCAUAAUAGUACCGCACCUGUGCCUCACCAGUACCACACCAGUACCUCACCAGUACCAGGAAGUGGAGAGGAAGAUGGAUAAUGUGAGGGAGAUAGAGGAGCAGCUGGUGGUGAGAGACAGUCUCUUAACUGUCUCUCACAACCUUAAAGAACCUCAUGAACCCCAGCAAGAACCACACUCUCCACAGCAACCACCACUGCAAGGACCACCACAACCACCACCCCAGCCACUGCAGUCACAACCAGAAUACUACCCACAAUACACACCACAAUCACAGCACCUCCCACAAUACCCCCCACAAUCACAACAUCCUCACAACCCACCACAAUCACAUCCUCACAACCCACCACAAUCAGGAUAUCCUCACAACCCACCACAAUCAGGAUAUCCUCACAACCCACCACAAUCAGGAUAUCCUCACAACCCACCACAAUCAGGACAUCCUCACAACCCACCACAAUCAGGACAUCCUCACAACCCACCACAAUCGGUCUUGGAGGGACCAACAGCGUCCAUAGGUUGGUCAGUGCCUUUCCAAGACCAGGAGAGAGACCAAAUGAAGCAACAGUCAGGACAACCACCACUAGGCUGGGUGACCAACCCACAGAGGAUAGAACAUGCAACCAACACUUCAGCACAGCCACACCAACAACCACAGCUUGGUUGGUCAGUAGGAAUAACAGCACCAAAGGCAGUGGCAACAGCAGCAGCAACAGGAGGAACAGUAGUACCAGCAGCAGCAACAGCACUCAAAAUGAAAGAGAAUAGUAAUGAUGCAAACUCAAGAUCCUCCUCCUCUUCUUCUUCCUCCUCCUCCUCCUCUUCUUCAUCUUCCUCUUCUUCUUCUUCUUCUUUUCUUCCUCCUCCUCCUCCUCUUCCCCCCCAUGAUCCCAGGAUACACGCGGUGAUAAAAUUCUCUAACACACUUACGAAACUAAUGGAGACGUUUUCUCCCUCUUCACCUUCUUCUCCCUCUUCACUUUCUUCUCCCUCUUCACUUUCUUCUCCCUCUUCACCUUCUUCUCCCUCUUCACCUUCUUCUACAUCUCCCUCAUUCCACAAUAUCUCUGCUAACAUUAUUCUCGUCUUAAAGUCCACAACAGACUUCCUCUUUGCUUUCCUCUUAGCCCUAUUAAUAUUCGUCUUUCUUCUCUUAUUCUUCUUCCUUCUCCUUACAUUUCUCUCCUCUUAGUCCUCUCCUCCCCUUAUUCCUCUUCUCUCUACAUUCCUCUCCCUUCUUAACAAAACUUAACUCUGGAAAAAGAGAAAAGUUAUAUUUUUUCGAUACUGUCAAGAAAAUCAUUUACUAACAAGAGUCGACAUCGUAGCUACAAUGUGAAUUAUCACAGUGUAUAAUAUUGUAUAACAUACACACACAAGCGCCUGUUUUACAUCUGCUUCGGCUCUUGUUAUUUGCAAACAGCACUUUGUGUUAAUUGUAAAGCGUACAAGUGUAUCUAGAUCAAUAAUAACCAUUGUGGGAGAUGCGUCAUACUGGCUAUGUUGGUGUUAUCAUACUGGCUUUGUUGGGUCAUACUGGCUAUGUUGGGUUAUCAUACUGGCUUUGUUGGGUCAUACUGGCUAUGUUGGUGUUAUCAUACUGGCUUUGUUGGGUCAUACUGGCUAUGUUGGGUUAUCAUACUGGCUUUGUUGGGUCAUACUGGCUAUGUUGGGUUAUCAUACUGGCUUUGUUGUGUCAUACUGGCUAUGUUGGGUUAUCAAAACUGGCUUUGUUGGGUCAUACUGGCUAUGUUGGGUUAUCAUACUGGCUUUGUUGGGUCAUACUGGCUAUGUUGGGUUAUCAUACUGGCUUUGUUGGGUCAUACUGGCUAUGUUGGUGUUAUCAUACUGGUUUUGUUGUGUCAUACUGGCUAUGUUGGGUUAUCAUACUGGCUUUGUUGGGUCAUACUGGCUAUGUUGGGUUAUCAUACUGGCUUUGUUGGGUCAUACUGGCUAUGUUGGGUUAUCAUACUGGCUUUGUUGGGUCAUACUGGCUAUGUUGGUGUUAUCAUACUGGCUUUGUUGUGUCAUACUGGCUAUGUUGGUGUUAUCAUACUGGCUUUGUUGUGUCAUACUAGCUAUGUUGGGUUAUCAUAAAUGUCAGUAAGGAAGGUGAUGGUAAAACUGUGACUUGAGGUAAUUUAACAGUGGAUUAUAAUUAAGACUGUGCUGCAACCAAGCACUCCAUUGAUGUCAGCUCCAUUGAUGUCAGCUACUUUGAUGUGAGCUACGUUGAUGUCAGCUCCAUUGAUGUGAGAUACAUUGAUGUGAGCUCCAUUGAUGUGAGAUACAUUGAUGUCAGCUCCACUGAUGUGAGCUCCAUUGAUGUGAGCUACAUUGAUGUGAGCUUCAGUGAUGUGAGCUCCAUUGAUGUGAGCUACAUUGAUGUGAGCUCCAUUGAUGAGCUCCACUGAUGUAAGCUCCUUUGAUGUAAGCUCCACUGAUGUAAGCUCCAUUGAUGUAAGCUCCAUUGAUGUAAGUUCCAUUAAUGUGAGCUCCACUGAUGUAAGCUCCAUUGAUGUAAGCUCCACUGGUGUGAGCUCCAUUGAUGUAAGCUCCACUGAUGUGAGCUCCACUCGACUUAAGGCCUAGGAUAACACAGGAUAUCCACACCUACAGGUCUAUGCCUCUCAGUGUAUAUACACCUACAGAUGUAUGCCUCUCAGUGUAUAUACACCUACAGGUCUAUGCCUCUCAGUGUAUAUACACCUACAGAUGUAUGCCUCUCAGUGUAUAUACACCUACAGAUGCAUGCCUCUCAGUGUAUAUACACCUACAGGUCUAUGCCUCUCAGUGUAUAUACACCUACAGAUGUAUGCCUCUCAGUGUAUAUACACCUACAGAUGUAUGCCUCUCAGUGUAUAUACACCUACAGAUGUAUGCCUCUCAGUGUAUAUACACCUACAUGUCUAUGCCUCUCAGUGUAUAUACACCUACAGAUGCAUGCCUCUCAGUGUAUAUACACCUACAGAUGCAUGCCUCUCAGUGUAUAUACACCUACAGAUGCAUGCCUCUCAGUGUAUAUACACCUACAGAUGUAUGCCUCUCAGUGUAUAUACACCUAGAAGUGUAUAUGUGUGUGUCAGUAUAUAUACAUUACAUUAAUCUGUGUUCUAUAUAUUAAAAUAUUCUUGACUGGUGAACAGGUGACAUGCAGCCUUAAUGACCUUUCGUGUAAGAGACUUUAAACUCAAUUAACAACCAAAUCAGCCUUAAUGACCCCCUGGUGCAGUAGAUAAAAUUUAAGCCCAAUUAACCAACAAAUCAGUCUUAAUGACCCUCGUGUAACAGAAUUUAAACCCAAACAAUCAACAAACCAGCGUUAAUGACCUUCUUGUAACAGAAUUUAAGCCCAAACAAUCAACAAACCAGCGUUAAUGACCUUCUUGUAACAGAAUUUAAACCCAAACAAUCAACAAACCAGCGUUAAUGACCUUCUUGUAACAAAAUUUAAACCCAAACAAUCAACAAACCAGCGUUAAUGACCUUCUUGUAACAGAAUUUAAACCUAAAUAACCAACAAACCAGCGUUAAUGACCUUCUUGUAACAGAAUUUAAACCCAAAUAACCAACAGAUCAACCUUAAUGACCAAGGUGUAGUAGAUAGAAUUUAAACCCGCAGUUAAGUCUCUGUUUACCACUGAAAAUCCAACUUUCGUACAAUAAUGAACGUUCAGUAAUGUUCAGUUUGACCAACAUUCUUAUAUAUUAUUUAUUUUCUGAUUGUAAAAGAACACCUGAUGGGCAGAGAUCAGAAACUAGUGCGAAAUAUAAGUGAUUGUUCAAGUAGCAGGUGGCCUGGUGGUUAACACUCUCGCUUCACACGGCGAGGGUCCGGGUUCGAUUCCCAGCCAGAGUAGAAACAUUGGGCGUGUUUCUUUCCAUCUGAUGUCUAUGUUCCCCAUCAGUAAAAUAGGUACCUGGGUGUUAGUGGACUGGUGUGGGUCGCAUCCUGGGACACUGACCUAAUUUGCCCGACAUGCCGAGCAUAACAAGCAGCUUUCUAUAUAGUAGUAUGUCAUUGUUGUCAGCUAGGACUGUAUACCUUGUACAUGUACUUGUAAUAAAUAAAGAUAUUAUUAUUAUUA